AUGCUUGAUCCGCAAGAUCGAGAGCUGUUCAACCGGUUUCGUCACCGGACCCUAUUCUCUCUCGGUGAUUCUGGAAUCGUAGAGAUUUAUGAGAAUUAUCUGUUGCAAGUUUGUUUUACUUGCCCAUUUCUGAUGCAUGGUACCUUGGCCGUGACGGCUGCCCAUGACCGCUACCUUGGCGUAGCGCCAACCCAUCGUCGCUCUUUACAAGAAUCGUAUCACCUGUCCCAACGCACAACGUUGUUCAAUAGGUGGUUGUGCCAACCUAUCAAGGAAGAACACAAGGAUCCUCUGUGGGCCACAGCCGGUGCUCUUGCCAUCUUGACCUGCUCGUCGAUCAAUGCUGGUUGUACUGCAGAAGCAUGGCCUCUCCGAGCAUCGAACUCCUCUGAGCUAGAGUGGGUACGUUUAGGUGCUGGGAAGAUGACUCUGUGGAAUCUGGUAAACCCUCUGCGACCUGAAAGUAUCUUCCGCGUGAUGACCGAGAACUUUGCAUACCUACAUUACGCCUUGCCUCGGAAAGGCAUUGGUGGCGUAUCGGCCAAACUAGCGCAGCUGUGUGGGCUCGACGAGUCAUCAACGCAAGAGACUAACCCUUACUUCUCCGUUGCACAUGCCCUCUCUCGGCUUUUAGAGGCGCCAAAUGGGGCGGCUUCACAAGGCGCUGUCAUCUUGGUCUCCAGCCACAUGCAUAACGAGUUUGGAACCCUCUUGGAGAAGAAGGAUCCUGUAGCGCUUCUGCUAUUAUCGUUGUGGUACACCAGAGCCCGACAAAGUAAAUGGUGGAUGGACAUUCGUGCUAGAUAUGAACUUCCAGCGAUUUGCACCUACUUGCGGCGCUAUCAUAGAGACAACGGCAUCAUCCAGGCGCUUAUACCUGGGGCAGAAUAA